AUGGCCGACUCAAAGCUCUUCAAACCCCUGCGGGUGGGCAACACCACCCUCCAACACAGGAUCGUCAUGUCGCCCCUCAGCAGGUUCCGGGCAGACCCCGAGACGCACGCGCCCCUCCCGAUGGCCACGGAGUACUACGCGCAGCGGGCGUCGGUGCCCGGCACCAUGAUCAUCACCGAGGCCACUUUCGUCUCCCGGCAGGUCGACGGCUACUCGUUCGCCGGCUUCCACCACACGCCCGGCAUAUACACCCGGGAGCAGGUGGCGGCCUGGAGGGAGAUCACCGACGCCGUCCACGCCAAGGGCAGCUUCAUCUGGAUGAAGCUGUGGGGGCUGGGCCGCGUGGCCGACCCCGCGACGGCGCGCGCGCGCGGCGUCGCCGUCAAGGGCCCGAGCCCGAUCGCCGAGGGCGACGGGGCGCCCGCCGGCUUCGACGGCGUCGAGCUGCACGGCGCGAACGGGUACCUCAUUGACCAGUUCCUCCAGGACCGGUCGAACCAGCGGACGGACGAGUACGGCGGCAGCGUCGAGAACCGGGCGCGCUUCGCCGUCGAGGUCGCCACGGCCGUCGUCGCGGCCGUCGGCGCCGACAUGGUCGGCGCCCGCUUCUCGCCGUGGUCGACCUUCCAGGGGAUGCGCAUGGCGGACCCGGUCCCGCAGUUCGCGCACGUCGCCCGGGCGCUGAGGGGUCUGGGGCUGGCGUACCUGCACCUCGUCGAGGGCCGCGUCGACGGCAACGCCGACAGGGAGACCACGGACAGCGUGCAGUUCAUGAUGGACGCCUGGGACCGCGCGUCCCCCGUGCUCAUCGCGGGCGGUUUCGACCCGCAGAGCGCGAGGCGGGCGGUGGACGAGGAGCACAGGGAUGCCGAGGUGGCCGUGGGUUUCGGCCGCUGGUUCAUCUCGAACCCGGACUUGCCGUUCAGGAUCGAGAAGGACAUUCCGCUCACGCCGUACAAGCGGGAGACGUUCUAUGCCGAUACGGAGGAAGGUUACACAGAUUACGCCUUCAGCCACGAGUUUGUCGAGAUUGAAAAGGUACACGGGAACCCACUUGUGGCUUCUGCUAUCAGCGCAUAA